CUCGCCUUUGUAUAAAGAUCUCCGUCUCUUCACACGCCAAGACGCACAAAGCUCUCGCGCGUAAGCCAGAGACAUACACCGAGCUGUUGUGUGAUUGGCCGGCUGGAGAGAGGCGAUCAAUCGAUGGACGAGUCGUGGAGGCGCACGAUAGGCUCGGUGCUGCCGCGGCAGCGGUCGCCGGACCUGCACGCCGACGGCGGCCACCAGGGCCUGGCCCCCGACGACUUCCGCGACGUGUUCGGCGGGCCGCCGCGCACCGUGCUCCUCCGCAGCUUCCACGGCGAGGGGGCCGACUACCGCUCCACGACGGGUCACCAGUACACGAACUACGGAGAUGCCUUCUGCCGCCGGCCGUAUGGCGACGGCAGAGGCCAGCUGGCACCGGCACCGGCCGUACCCACGGAGGUGGGGUUCUUCGACGAUAUCUUCGGCACCCGUCACAUGAGGUCGCGGUCGAGGUCCAAGUCAAAGUCCUCGUCGGGGUUCAGCUCCGAGGAGUUGCCCUCCGGCUUCUGCCGGCCGGUGGUCUCUGGCAGCCGCGUCGACGCCACGCUCUCCUCAUUCACAUCUAGGCUCAGGCCGGUGACGAUCCCUUCGCGGCGGUACGACUCGUCGCCGCCGUCGACGGCGUCGACGAGAGGGGAGUACCAGAGCAGCUUCACAUGCUCGACGGCCGCGUACCCAGCGGCUCGCCACUACUUCGGCGAGUUCAAGGCCGGCAGAUGGAACCACAGCAGCGCCGACGACAGCACGGUGGCCACGCAACACCACCGGCACCCCCGCCCGAGCAGCAGCUUCUGUUGCUUCACGUCGAACCCGGAGACCACCAGCAACGCGCCCAGCUUCCGGCGGACGCGCAGGGCGCGGUCACCCGAGGCGGAGACCACCAUCACUGACUACUCCUGCACCGACUACGGGUACCACUACUCGCCGCCGUCAGCCACGUCUUCGUCGCUCUUCACCAACCCAUUGGCGAGGACGCCGCGGCGGCUGGAGGAGGUGGCGAUGGAGGUGAGGGAGCGAGCGCCGUUGCUGAUGGACGACGGCGACAUCGACAGCGUAGGCGCCGCGGCGGUGGACGAGGCGAUUGCCUGGGCCAAGGAGAGGUUCUGGAGCCAAGCCAAUUAACGAACGACCAGGAUCAUGUCAUCGAGGUGCCAAGACGACCCUCAACAACGUCCAAAUUCUUAGACCCAUCGACUUGUUGUGUUCCUUUGUAAGCUACAUUCUAGUAUAGGUGCCUAGAGAAGAUGUGUUGAGAUCAAUAUUUUGUAAUGUUUCGUUCACUGUGAAAUAUUUUACACAUUUCAGCUGGCACAUUAUACCAAACACGAACACAAAAUGCUGUCAUAAUUAACAUAAGAAAUG